UCAAAACAAACAUGGCGGAGGGAGGAGCUGACAGUCUUGAAUUUGAGCCUUCUGUCCAAAAUAUCCUUGAUCAGACGACUUUGAAAUGGGUAUUUGUGGGUGGAAAAGGUGGAGUCGGGAAAACUACAACAAGCUGCAGCCUUUCAGUGUUACUGUCAAAGGUCCGAGAGUCAGUGUUGAUAAUAUCAACUGAUCCUGCACACAACAUUUCUGAUGCUUUUAACCAGAAGUUCACCAAGGUCCCUACUCUUGUAAAAGGAUUUGAAAAUCUUUAUGCAAUGGAAAUUGACCCAAAUCUUGGAAUUUCAGAAUUACCGGAUGAGUACUUUGAACAAGAUGCGAUGUCAAUGGGGAAACAAGUGGCACAGGAGUUGUUGGGUGCAUUUCCUGGCAUUGAUGAAGCAAUGAGUUUUGCUGAAGUUAUGAAGUUAGUGAAGACAAUGAACUUCUCUGUGGUUGUGUUUGACACAGCUCCCACUGGCCACACCCUUCGUCUCCUCUCCUUUCCAACCGUGGCUGAAAAAGGCCUUGGGAAACUACUGAGGCUUAAAAACCAAGUUGGACCCUUCAUCUCACAGAUGGGUAGCAUGAUGGGUAUGGCUGACAUGAACGCAGACGACAUGUCAGGGAAACUAGACGAUAUUAUGAGCACCAUCAGACAAGUGAAUGAGCAGUUCAAAAAUGCUGACCAGACAACGUUUGUGUGUGUCUGUAUAGCGGAGUUUCUGUCUCUGUAUGAGACUGAGAGACUGGUCCAGCAGCUGAUGCAGUUUGGCAUUGACACACACAACAUUCUCGUCAACCAGCUCCACAUUCUUGCUAAGGGAGACAAACCCUGUAAACUGUGUGCUGCCCGCCAUCGAAUACAAACCAAGUAUUUAGAACAGAUUGCCGACCUAUACGAAGAUUUCCAUGUGACUAAAUUGCCGCUACAGGAAGAUGAAGUGAGAGGUGUGGAAAAAAUUAAGGCUUUCUCAGGAUUCCUUGUAAAACCAUACAAUCCUGAUGAAACAUGACAUACACACUCAAAAUAGCAGCUAUCUAUUGGCCUUCCUUGUUACACUACAUCAUGAACACUAUUUAAUUAGUUUCACUGAUGUUUUUUUCGCUGCAAACAUGUACUUAAAUCAUGAACUGGCUACAUAAACUCUGGAGCCUCAUAUACAUGUUACAUUAAAGUUAUUAUUUUUAUUACCACCAAGGGCAUAUAACUAUAGGGUAUAUGACUUGGGGUCAUUUUUUGCAAUUCUUAAAGGCAUUAUUGUGUGUAUUCAUAUUUUGAAUGUAAGUUGUUUGAAGAUGUAGGCCUAGGUUUUUUAUUAACACACAUUGUGCUGAGUGUUCAAAACUUUAUAUGAAGUAAACAAGUUAAUAACGACAUCACUGUUAACUUUCAAAUCUUUAUUGCUCUGGAAGUUUAAUGGAUACUUUUGUGAUCUGCAGUAUUUCUUACAAGAUAAUAGACAAGUGUUUCAGCUAUACAUGGUAUAUUUUAAGUACAUGAGCCCGUUAUCAAUUAGUUCACAUUUAAAAGUUAGCAACGUUGAUGUUAAUCCCGUUGUUUUAAAUAGGAUUGUACUUUGCUAGUUUUAGAACUUUAGAAAAUAAAUUGAUUAUUUAAGAAAG